GAUGUAUGGUGCGCAGUCUGAACUCGAUAUCGAAGUGCUGCUUACGUACAUUAUUCGUGAAGAUGGAAGACGUCCUAAACGAUAUUGUUUCUGCCGAAGAUUUAAAGAAAUUUGAAGGUAUAUAUAACCAGGAGUUGCGUUCAUCAAACGGAGUUUCGUUCACAACACAAUUCGAAUAUGCUUGGUGCCUUGUCAGAAGUAAAUAUUCGGCUGACAUUAGGAAAGGAAUAUUGCUGUUACAAGAUCUCUAUACCAAGCAUGAUAGAGACAAAAGAGAUUGCCUAUAUUACUUAGCCGUUGGAAAUGCCAGAAUAAAGGAGUACUCGAAGGCGCUGUCAUAUGUCAGGGCAUUCCUUCAACUUGAACCCGCUAAUGUUCAAGUACAACAUCUGGAAACGUUAAUAAGGAAGAAAAUGGAAAAAGAGGGCCUUGUGGGUAUGGCUGUUGCGGGAGGUGUUAUUAUCGGUAUCGCAAGUAUACUGGGCCUGGGCAUCGCGAUGGCAAAAAAGAAUUAGUUGAGAAAAAUUUGUGACUAUAAAUGUGAUUAUAGAUUGUUUACGCGAAACGAUAUAACUUGCCGCGUAAUUGCUUUGGGACAUUGACAGAAAAAUGGAAAAAAAAUCCAAAUAUACUAAAACUUUAAUCAAAUCCAAAAAAUGUAAUUUGUGCAUCAAUUUUCUAUUAAAAAAACGAGAACGAAGAAGUAAACCAAAUGAUUUAGUCAUAGAUUAGCUGGUAACAUUUCUUUAAUUAUUUCAUUAACAUUAUUUCCCAAAAUAUGUUCGAUAUGUAUCAAAAAUAUUAUAUUUAUUCAAUAAUUAGAUGAGUUUAAUUUUAAAUACAUUCCGAAGUUGCAUGUAAAUUAAUUAUUUUGCCUCGUAUGGUAUUAUAUCUGGAUAUUAUACAAUGUGUGGCGUGUUUAUAAGUUUAUAUAUAAAUAUUUAAAAUUUUAUUUAUACGGAAAUAUAUUUAAGUAUUAAAGCGUUACACAAUGAUAACAAGUGUUGUAUAUAAUUAGGGAAAACAGUGAAUUUAUGUUGUUACUAAAGCCUUUUAAUAAAAGUCAAUGUUUGAAACCAUG